AUGACUGCUCCCUCUCCGGCCCCGGCUCUCCCGCCGCCACUGCCGCCCGGUCUUCCUCCUGCCGUUCCUCCCUCCGCGGCCUCUACCGCUCUCAACAAAUGCUUCAAUUCCGACUGUACGGAGAGCAAGUCCAAGAAAGGCUGGCGGCUGCGCUCGGGGGAGCUAGCCGAGCUAUGCGAUCGAUGCGGGAUGGCUUACGAGGAAGGGAAAUUUUGUGAGAUUUUUCACCCACGUGCUAGUGGCUGGAGGCAUUGUGAGUCCUGUGCGAAGCGUGUGCAUUGUGGAUGUAUUGUCUCUGUUAGUGCAUUUACGUUGUUGGAUGCUGGUGGGAUUGAGUGUGUGGCUUGUGCAAAGAAGAACGUAGUAUUGACAUCAAAUACCGCAUGGGCACCUUUGUUUUACCAUGGAUAUGUAUCUGACAGCCUGAAGGACCUUUCAGUUAGAAACUGGAACCAUUUAGCUGGAUCAGGUCCUGUGCCAUGGAAACAAGCACCCAGUUUGUUCAAUUCUUCUAUUCCUCAGACUGAUGCGCAACCUAGGAUGCCGUAUGAUGUUGUUAGUGCCUCUGAGAGACUAUCUUCCACUUCUCAAGAAAAAGGAAAAUUUGAUCAUUUUGCUCAGAGAUUAACAAUUGGAAAUCUGAAGCUCAGUUCAAGGGACAAACCUGUGAAUUCUAAUGCAGGUGCAUCUGUUGAGGAACAACAGUCUUCUUGUGUAAGAGAAGAUCUAUCCACCCUGAAAUUUGGCAUGGUUGGAACAUAUGCAUCCACAAAUGAAGCUAAUGGAAAUUUUGGGUGCUCUGGAUCAACUGUACGCGCGACGUCUUCACCACUUGUAAAGCAGAUUUCUGUUAGUUUUCAGAAUGUAAGUGAUUCACCUGUUGAACCUCGUAGUCGAGGGAGACCCCGGGCAGAUGCCCGUGGAAGAAGCCAGUUACUUCCAAGGUACUCACCAAGGUGUACUGAUGAGGAGCUGGCACAGAUAUCUGUAAAUUCAAAUUCUAUAAUAACUCCUUUGUUUGAGAAACAAUUGAGUCCUAGUGAUGCUGGACGAAUUGGACGGCUGGUGCUGCCAAAAAAAUGCGCAGAGGCUCAUUUUCCACCAAUCUCUCAGGCAGAUGGUUUACCUCUCAAGAUUCAAGAUGCUAAAGGCAAAGAAUGGAUAUUUCAGUUCCGUUUUUGGCCCAACAACAAUAGUCGAAUGUAUGUUCUUGAGGGGGUUACUCCUUGCAUACAGAAUAUGGGACUCCAAGCAGGUGAUACGGUGACAUUCAGUCGGUUAGAGCCUGAAGGGAAAUUGGUCAUGGGAUUCAGAAAAGCUUCAUCUGCUCUGUCAUCUGAUCAGGAUAAUGAAUCAAGCAAGCCCGUAACUGGCCCUUCUGGAAUUGGAGAAGUUGACCUGUUAGACCCGAGUCCAUGGUCUAAAGUUGACUAUUCAGGUUAUAUAGCAUCUUCUAAAGUAGACAAGUCAGGUUACAUAGCCAAAGAAGUUCUUGAUUCCAAACCUUUGGUGAAAAAGAGGAAGAACAGAAUAUUGGGUUCAAAGAUUAAGCGAUUAAGAUUGGAAAGUGAGGAUAUGAUAGAAUUGCAGAUAACAUGGGAAGAAGCACAGGGGCUUCUCCGUCCUCCUCCGGAAAAUAUUCCUAGUGUUGUGGUAAUUGAAGGAUUCGAAUUCGAGGAAUUUGAGGAUGCACCAGUUCUUGGGAAGCCUACACUUCUAGCAAAUGAUAAUGCUGGUCACAAGGUACAAUGGGCUCAAUGUGAAGAUUGUUCAAAGUGGCGAAAGUUACCUGCCAACGCUCUUCUUCCCUCCAGAUGGAUAUGUUCAAGUAACUUCUGGGAUCCAGAAAGAUCAUCAUGCUUGGCAGAUGAAGAAGUGAGCAGAGAACAGCUCAAAGAUCUGCUGCCACCCCCUGAUCUAGCUGCUUUCAAAAAAAUGAAGACUGGUAAAUCAGAAACCACGGGUAACAACAAGGAAGAAGCUUCAGAAGAAGGGCUCGACACGCUCGCAAAUUUGGCCAUUCUAGGAGGAGAAGGCGGCGGCGGAGAGGCUUCUUCUUCUCAGGCUGCAACGACAAAGCAUCCUCGACACAGACCUGGGUGCACGUGUAUCGUGUGCAUUCAGCCGCCAAGCGGCAAGGGGCCCAAGCACAAGCAGUCGUGCAUGUGUACUGUCUGCCAGACAGUGAAGCGCCGAUUCAGAACCCUGAUGAUGAACCGGUGGGAGAAGAGGCAGCAAAGGGAGGAGAAAAGAGUGGCAGCUGAAGCCAUUGCGCGGAAGAUGCAGCCGCAGCAGCAGCAGCGGUCGCCAAUAAAGGAUGAUGAUGUUGAUAAUAAUGAGGAUGGUUCUCCAGCUUCAGGUCAGACCACAAAACCAAAUCCCACCACCACCGGGUCCCCUUUCAAAGGUCAAAUAAUAGACUUGAACAUCCAGCCGGAGCGGGAGGAAGAGUUUUCAGUGCCCUACACAGUGAAGCAGCAGCAGCAGAAGGCGGCGUCAUUGUCUGCCUCUGCGAACACUGACGGUCAUCGACAGCAGCAGCCCGAGCGAGAGGUAACAUUGCCACCUCCUGAUGAUGAUCCUGUAUCCAGAAGCGACCGCGUGGCAACUGGUCACACACCAUUGGUAAAUGAAGUAAGAAGUGCAGCAGACAGAACUUCUGAUGACGGUAGCUCCUUCGGCAACAGCAUCUGGCUAGCAAAACGAACAGAAGCUCCUCCUACUGCUUCUUCUUCUGCCCCAGCUACUACCGGAUAG